CGAAUCUAACUUCACAGCUGUUAUUAUUUUCGUUCGUCGUUCAGUCAGUGUUAAAAAAAUUGUGUCGGCAAAGAACUUAAAACUUAAAAGCUUUAAAAACUUUAAAUGUUAAUUUAAAUUCAAAUGUAAAAUGACUUCUGUAGAUUCGGGAGUGGAAACUGGAAAUGAUUCCAAUGACAGUUUAGUCGCUCAACAUGAAAAUAUCCCCGCGGGACAGGCGAGCGUCAGUACAACCUUUGUGUCAACAGCAGGAAAUAAAAUGGAAGGCGAAGAAAAUCAAAGUGAUUCCUUUCCAUUGAAUAUAGAAACAUACGCUUCAUUUCGUCCAAAUUUGAAAAAUUAUUUCUCCUCGAAAAAUAACAUUUCACUUACUAAUCUACCGGGAACAUCGGGUCCUUUGACCUUUCAUCCUUCGGAAACUGUUUUUAUGUCAACAACGGAAAAUAAAAUGGAAGACAAAAAAAAUCAAAGUGAUUCGUUUCCAUUGAAUUUAGAAUUUGAAUUUCCACAUUUGAAACAUCAUAUUACAACGACAAAUAAUAUUUCACUUACUAAUAGUAGACCAGGAACUUCGAGUCCUUUAGCUAUUCAAAGUUCUGAAUCAGUCAUAAUGUCAACAGGAGGAAAUAAAAUUCAUGACGAAGAAAAACAAAGUGAUCUGAUUUCAACAAAUCAUGGAGCAAUUACAUCAAUUCAUCAUUUUAAAUAUAUUGCAUCGACGAAUAAUAUUUCACUUAGUAACAGGCCAGGAACAUCGAGUUCUUUGGCUAUUCAGACUUCACAAGCACUCCAGCCUUUCGCUGCAUCUAAAAUGUUAAUUAUUCCCACUCCUAAGUGCCCGGAUCAAAUUUUAUCGACUGUAGAAUUCAUAAAAACAAUACGUAGAAGUGGACUUCCAUUUUCCAUCGAGAGUAACUCACGUCAAGCAAGCUGCUUUAAGCCGAAAAUGCGACUUUUUCGAGCUCGGCCACAUUGCAUAAAAUGGAAAGAAUUUCAAGGAACGCUAAAUGAGCGUAAAAUGCGAAUGGCCACUGCAACAAAUAACUUGGAAGUGGUGCGUCGACUAUUAGAAAGUGGAAUUUCUCCAAACAAUAUUGACAGUGAACUGAGAACUCCUCUGCAUUUAGCAUCGUGCAGAGGUUAUACUGAAAUGGUUCGACUACUUUUGGAGCACGGAGCAGAUCCAAAUCAACGGGAUUGCAUCGGUAAUACGCCACUGCAUUUAGCGGCAGUCACAAGUAAAAUAUCAGUUGUGACUCUACUUUUAAAAGCAGGAACCGAUGUUCUCUCAUCCGAUAGACAUGGACAUAAUCCUCUGCAAAUCGCUCAAACGAAACUCAAAAUACUACAAAGUUGUAAAGGAGCAGACAUGAUUAGAAUAAAGGAGGAAGUACACAAUAUUGUCGAUAUGCUGCUCGCUUAUCUCGAGAAGCAAAAAAAUGCACAAGAACAAGUUGAAAGUCUCAGUAAUUUUUGUUCACGUCUCUCAUUAUCAAAUACUUCAAAUCAAAUUCAAGACGACGUACGAGAUUUAUUGGCCAACUUAAAUUCUCUAAGUUUAACAAGUUAAUUGCCUCAAUUACUUAUACUGGGCAUCAUUUUCUUAAGAGCUUUCUUUUUUAUCCAAUUUCAUUGGACCUAACAUUUUACAUGAAAAAAAAACGUUUUCUAAAAUUAUAGAAAAAAAAGGAUAUUUUGGAAAUAAUUCCAAAAAAAAAAUUAUAUUUGGUAUAAAAAUACUCGUAAGCUCGAUGAACGCGUGUUUGUUAAAAAAGAAACGAAUGUAUGUGUUUAUAAAAAAAAAGUUCGUACUAUAAACAACGCACUUUGUUUAGAUUCACUGAAUCAACGAACUAAUCUUUGUUUUUUUUUGACUGAGGUUUGGUGCCGAGAACAAUUUAUUGUCUUGUUUUCCGAGAUUUAUACUGUUAAACAACGUAUUAUUAAUUCUUAUUCUUAAACAAAGAUAAAAGAAAGUUUAAUUUCUAGAAAUUUACAUUUUUAACAAUUUAUACUAUUUCAGUUUUUGCUUUUUUUUAUUCUAAAUAUUACAAAUUAAUAUGCAUAAAAUAUAUUUUGCAUAUAGUCUCGGAUUGUAAAUAAUUGAUGUAACUUUUACAUCUUCUGUAAAUAGUGACAAAUGUUCAUUUAUAGAAUUUACAAGAGAUGUAAUAAUUCAUAAUUAAAUUUAAAAAACAGAAAAACUUAUACACCGAAGGCAGUAGCCUUAUUUCAUAAUUGGCAAAUUGUUAUUUCAAUUUCAAGUUUAUAUAUAUAUAUAUAUUGCAUAUAUAUUGAUAUAAUACUAAUAAUAUUAUAUAUAAUAUAAUACUAAAACAAUCAUACGAAACAUAGGUUAUAACAAA